AUGGUUCCGUUAUUUUCACGUGUUGUAAUGGAAGAUAUUUUUGAUCAAAAUAAUACAAUCAGAAUAAUGAACGCACUCAUGAGAGAAGAAAUAAUAGUUUCUAAUAAAUGUCAAAAAUGCAAUCUUCAUCCUUUAAGCCACAAGGAUUUUUCAACUCCCCAAGAUGUUGGAGUAACAACAAUAAUGAACUCCCCUUCUGGCACAGUUCUUUUAUCAAAAAACAUUAGAACAGUUUCGAAUAUGACUUUUAUCAUUCUAACUGAUGAUAAAUCUUACAGAGGCAUUGAUAGAAUUUCUAAAAAAUACGUUGAAAGAUGCGGAGCAAUGAUUGUUAACACAGGAAAACGCAGAUUUAAAGAAUUUUUCUUUGAGAGAUACAAAACGAAAAUAAUAUUAUUUCAUUCUUUUACUCAGCGAUUUUACGCUCUCAUCAACCGCAUGGCAUAUUUUGAUAGCCAAGAUUUUCUUUUUCAAGAUAUUGUUUUUAGCGAAGACCACGAGUAUUCACAAGGUCUUACACUAUUUCCAGAAAGACAAAAAUUAGGUGCUUUACCAGAAUAUGACGAAGUAGUUAUGAAAACAAAAGAUUCUGGUGGUAUUACGCCAGAAUUACUUGCAGAAAAGGGUAAUAUUAAUGGGUGUUGUGGUGCAGGCGAUCCUCAUAUCAUUGCAACAGUUUUUGACCUUGUAUUAAAUGAUAUGAAUCAUUAUGGGAGAAUAACUGACCAAUCAAUGCUCACGUAUUAUGCAUACAAUGGUCACAUUCCAUCCCUGAACCUCCAUCCAGACGCAUUGUUAAUGGCUGAUCAAACUCCAAUUAAUACUUCUGUUUUUGGCCAUUUUCGUGAAAUUAAUAAGACUAAGUCAAUUAAAGGUCAAUUCAAGUGGCUACAUCACUUAAUUUACGGACUUCCCGAAGAAUUUCUUUUGAGGCUUUAUGAGCAUUGCCCAAGGGAUAGUAAUAAAGUAGUUAACUACUUCCCAGGUUUAUCUGACCAGGCAAUAGAGCAGCAUGACAGAUAUCAAAAGAUGAAGAAAAAAUAUGGAUAA